AUGCCGAAUACUCGAGAAUCUCAGCCGCCUCCAGACUACAAGAUAGUCGUGCUCGGCGAAUCAGCCGUGGGGAAAACCUCACUAGUCCACCGCUUCACAUCCGAUUCAUUCGAAGCCCACACAACCAACACCAUCGGCGCAGCCUACAUAACCAAAAUUUAUUCAUCACGCCAGCGACCCGAGCACCAUUUCAAACUCGAGAUAUGGGAUACCGCGGGCCAAGAACGAUAUCGCUCGCUUACUCCGAUGUACUACCGCAACGCGAAAACGGCGUUGGUAUGUUUCGACUUGGCUAAUUUUGCCUCGACUUUCACCACUGCGAAAUACUGGAUCCAGCAGCUUGAAUUGAACAAUUCGUCCACGAGCGAUAAAGUGGACAUACGGCUCAUUGGAACCAAGGCCGAUUUGGUGAAGGACGAGCUGGUGAUGCAGCUGGUGUCGCGCCAAGUUCAAGAGCUCGUGGAGCUGGAGGAAUCGGUGGUUUCUUUCCAUGAGACGAGUUCCAAGAGUAACGUGGGGAUCGUUGAGUUGUUCGAUGAUAUCGUUGAUGGCAUCAGUGACUCGUUUAUUGAAAGUUAUUACAACCAGUUGAACUCGCCCAGGGAAAACGUGGGCUUGAUGCUUGGCUCGAGAAACAACGCGUCGAGCUGUUGCUAA